UUGAUCCUGGAAUGGAUGAGUGUUUUAACACAGCCGGCAUAAAAACUUCACCGGCAAACGCGGAACUAAAAGCAAAACAAUGUUUCUUAUAAACAAACCAGCUUUUGUAUUUAAAAGCGCUCACUUCUUCGGAAACUUAUGACAGUAGUAAAGGGAUUUGUGUGCAAGUGGCUUGGCUGGAUUGUUUUUCCAACAACCAAUGGAUACACAUUUCACAACUAUCCUUCGAUUUCAUAAGGAUUUUAAAACUCGAUUAUAAUGCGAUCUUGUGCCGCUCGUCCGGUUGUGGUUGAGUUUUGGCAUCAUGGAUGAUGGAUCGUCGGAGACCGAUCUUCUCGUCGGGAGCAGGACUGAAGAUUCUCACCCGAACGGAGGAAUCAUUGCUGCCGAUUUAAAAGUUUACAAAAGGAGAUGGUUCAUGUUAUUCGUACUCUGCCUACUAAAUUGCUCCAAUGCUGUGCUCUGGCUGACCUUCGCACCUGUGGCCGACCAGACAGCCCAAUACCUGAGUGUCUCUUUGGAUCUGGUCAACUGGCUGUCUCUAGUCUAUAUGGUGGUGGCCAUUUUCUUCAGCUUCAUCACAACAUGGAUGUUAGACACACUCGGCCUGCGCUUCUCGCUUAUCCUGGGCUCUUGGCUUAACAUGUUGGGCAGUAUCCUGCGUGUUGUUGGUAUCCUGAGUGGGAUCCCGCAAUGGGCCGUGUUCCCUAUGGUGAUGGGGGGCCAGACGCUAUGUGCGCUCGCCCAGACUCUCAUUAUUUUCUCCCCCACAAAACUGGCAGCACUGUGGUUUCCAGAUGAUCAGAGGGCCACGGCAAACAUGAUCGCUUCAAUGGCAAAUCCUCUUGGACUGCUUUUUGCGAAUAUCUUCUCUCCCAUGAUAAUUCAUUACACCAAUAAUCUUCUUAUGCUGCUUAUUAUAUAUGCUAUACCUGCCACCAUAGCCUGUUUCCUAGCAACAGUGGGAAUUCGUGAACGCGUCCCCCCGACACCCCCCUCUGCCAGCGUGGUGACCUCCAGCACUGAACCUUUUCUACAGGGCAUAAAACUGCUACUGAAAAACAAAGCAUACAUGAUCCUGCUGGUGUGUUUCGGGUCAGGAAUAGGAGUAUUCACAUGUUUUUCUACACUACUGGAGCAGAUACUUUGUGUAAAGGGCUACUCAAAUGACUUUGCAGGACUAUGUGGUGCUUGUUCUAUUGUAUUUGGCAUUGUGGGUGCUGGCAUUCUGGGCCUGUAUGUGGACAAGACAAAACAGUUUACAGAAGUCACUAAAAUCAACAUGUGCUUGACGUCGUUGGGCUGCUCUGCUUUCGCUGUGGUUUCUCAGCUCAAGGACAUGAAGGUCGCCAUCGGUGCCGCGUGCGCGUGGUUCGGCCUGUUCGGGUUCUCUGUGUAUCCCAUCGCCAUGGAGCUGGGAGUCGAGUGUUCGUACCCUGUGGGUGAGGCCACAUCCUCUGGAUUGAUCUUCAUAUCUGGACAGAUUCAGUCCGUCAUCUAUAUGGUGCUUCUUCAAGCUCUGACCAAACCAUUGGCAGAUUCAACAGCAUCUGUAUGUGUUACUGGAGGAGAGGCCGAUAUGAGCUGGACAGUGCCAGUACUGGUGAUGGCAGGCUUGUGUGCUGCGGGCACCUGCUGCUUUGUGCUCUUUUUCCACACGGAUUACCGGAGACUGAGAGCAGAAGGCCUCACCACAGAAUGUGACGGACCAGCCAAGAGGAGAUGACACCUGGGCAAACAGCACAGGCGCUUAGAGAGUCAUCAGAAGGAAAAGCCAAGCAGUACAUUGUUUACAUACAUGAAUAUCUAGAACUUUACCUCUUUUCGUCAGCAUUGAAAAUAUGUGCAUUUAAUGCAAUUAAGUUUAUUCAUGCUUUUAACCUCAAAAGCAUUACUACCAUGAUGCCACAAGAUCAAUAACAAUGUUACUUUUGAUAAUUGCACACAUUUAAACAAGUUUCUAUUACAGUUAGAGUUACAUUAUAAUGUAUAGUUUACUAUUUUACACCAAAUGGUACAAAUUUCUAACUUUAGUUUUAUGCAUUUAAAUUAAGAGUAUUUUAUUGCUUUAUUUAAGAAAUGAAGUGGUUGUAGUUGUGGUUGCUGUUGCUUACAUUGUAUUUAUAGUAACGUUGAUUUAUGAAACCAAUGAUAGAGAGUGGAGUUCAAAAGUGCAUCAAAUUGAAACGGUUUUAGUAUUUUUAAUUUAAAAUGAAGUCAUAGCACGAACUAAAUAAAUACAACUUUAUAUUAA